AUGUCCCUGAAGUACCGUCCGCCAGGAUUACGAGAACGAACCUUAGAGCCAGGAUCUGGGACAACCUCUGCGUCACGCCAAGGGUCACAGAGCAACCGAGCCCGAAGGUCGCGGUCCACUUAUCAAGGUUCUCGUCCUAAAAGUCUGACCUCUGAUUCAGAGUCGCCCACAGUUGAAUCUGAGCAUCGAAGUCAGAGCCAGCCACAAGCUUCCCGACCGGCGCAACCGUUGCAACAUGCACGUUCCAUACCGACUUCCAGGUCCUCGCGGUCUCUACACUCUCGGUCAUUCCCUCCUCCUCAGCCUCCUCUUGUUCGCCCAUUCACCGCGCCUUCGCGCCCUGACCCGACCGAGCAUAACCAGCGCGAGCCACAACAAGAGGCCCGGUCGGGCAACAGAGAUGAGGCCGCACUUGCGCGGCAGGCCCGUUUUUCGGCACCGCCUGCCCAGCCGUUUGGGUUUGCCUCCCGCGGUGACCUGCGCCUACAGAAUAGUGUUGCCGAACAGCGGGCAUUUUUCGACCGCACGACGGGCGCACUUCUGGCCGGAUCAGACAUCGACGCUGUCCUUGCCGACUUGCGCAAACUUCGAGAGGCCAUGCUUCAUGCCGGCCCAUCCCGUUUUCUCAAGAAGGUGUUUCUUUUCUCUGUGCGUGUUGCUGCUCCUGCUGGCCGCUAUCAAACUGUGGUUCCAUGUCUGACCUAUCUUUUGGAGCUGCGCGCGGCACUGUUGCUUACGGGCGAAGAAAAGCUCGAGCUCGUAUCGUUGCUCGCACUCCACAUAUCGCAUGUGGCGGGCGAUACACCGCGCGCUCUCGCAUUAUUCUUCGCUCACACAGGGCGAGAUCAGGCGCCGCGCCUUUGGGAGACUUUAGUUUCGUGGGCGCGCGGGGAUUACUAUACUUGGCUCCAAAAGUACAACUCAGAGCCGGACCCUGCUACUUUCCGCGCCAUGACGAGCGGACUAGGUGAUAUAAUGCGCCGGAUGGUGCAUAGCCUAACCUGUGCAUAUUUUCAGAUCUCCCGCAGCGAGUUCGAAACAAAGUUUCUCCCGGCUGGUGUGACCUUGGCAACUUUCAUGGAGGAGUAUGCGCCGCAUUGGGAACUCAAAGAAGAUACCAUCGUGUUUCGGCGCAGAUCAUAA